UUAGUCAUGGGUCGUAGCAGUGACGACAACUUUAUUGCUACCAAAUUUAUGCUCUUGAAACCCGAAAAAAUGGGUUUCAUUCAACUCUUCCAGAUCUUGUUUGGAAGUGAUUUACACCAAAAAGACUUUGUGCAAUGCCUUGAGUUCAUUGUCGAAGAACGCUUCAGCCAUAAAUGGCUCGUAUUUUUAUCGCUAUUGGUACAGAAGGUUCUGCACUCGAUGGCCAAUGUAUUAAAAUGCUUUGGCGACAUAGUUGAAGUAUUUUUGAACCUACAAGCUUCCAACAACUAUAAUGUCUUCAUGCUUAUCCCUAACAUAUUCCGAGGUUUGUUAUGUUCUUUUUUGUAUGCUCAAGUUUAUACUUUGAUCUUCAUAAUAUCUGCAAAUUAUAUUUCAUUUAUUAAUCAUUUGGAUACGCGAAUGGACUUGGACUGUAGCAUCAAACGUGAAGAACCCAGCAAGUACAAUGCUGCAUUGUCUAUAAUGGCUUCUAAAGUAUCCUACGAGAAUAAAGCAGUCAUUCAAGUUAUUGUCGAAGAUCGCUGGAAGAUGGAACUGGUGGAAUGCCGUGACUACUGGAAUGAUUAUCAAGAAAAAGCUACAACUCAGGCAUUCAUCCUCUUGGACAAAGGUGAAGACCACGAUACCUAUGUGGUGGCUUUCAGAGGAACCGAACCUUUUGAUGCUGAUGCAUGGUCCACCGACAUUGACAUCUCAUGGUUUGAGCUUCAGGAUUUUGGAAAAACCCAUGCAGGCUUCAUGAAAGCCUUAGGGUUACAGUUACAGUUAGAGAGAAACCUUGUAGGUUGGCCCAAGGAAAUUGAAACUGAUGAGAGGGGUCCACGUGCCUACUACGCCAUAAGGGAUUUACUAAAGAAGCGUUUGCAUGGAAGUGAUAAAGCAAAGUUUAUUGUGACGGGUCAUAGUCUUGGUGGAGCUCUUGCGAUUCUCUUUCCCGCAGUACUGAUGCUGCAUGAUGAGACGUUUCUUUUGGAGAAGCUUGAAGGGGUGUACACGUUUGGACAACCUAGAGUUGGUGAUGAAACGUUUGCCAAUUACAUGAACCAAAAUUUGAAAAAACACAAUAUUAAGUAUUACAGGUUUGUUUACUGCAACGACGUUGUUCCUAGGUUGCCCUUCGAUGACAAGAUCAUGAUGUUUGAGCACUUUGGGACAUGUCUUUAUUAUGACAGGAACUAUAAAUGCGAGAAACUACAAGAGGAGCCGAAUAAGAACUACAUUUCAUGGAAAGAGAUGAUACCGAUGAGCAUCAAUGCGUUCUGGGAGCUAUGCAGGAGCUUUACUAUUGUGUAUAAAUAUGGACCUGAAUAUCAAGAAGUAUGGCUUCUAAGAUUUUUUAGGCUUUUGGGCUUGGCAUUUCCCGGAUUAUCAGCUCAUAUUAUCCAGGAUUAUAUUAAUGCUACUCGAUUGGGAUUGUUUCCACAUUUGGAUUAA